AUGAGCGAGGUGGACGUUGCAACUCCCGCUGCCCCGGUCAUCCCAACCGGCACACCCAGCCGCCCGGGCCCAUCUGUGCGCGAAGGCACCAUCGCCAUCACCGAGGCCUUCGGACCCAAGCGAGGGAACUACGUCUCCGCCGCGGAGUUGGCUGCACGGGAGCGGGCAAAGCUGUCAACUGAACUGCAGAACCCCGCUGCUGCACCCCAUGUGCUUCUCCCCUCCGUUCGCGAAUCGACCAUUGCCAUGACGGAGCAAUACGGACCGAAGACGGCGAACCACGUCCCGGCAAGUGAGCUGCCCAAGUCGCAAACGGUCGUGCCGGUAGUGGACCGGCCCUCUCGUUAUCCCGAAGGCCCCACUCAGAAGACGCCGACCGUGGCUGCCACUCCUGCUUCUGAAGUCCCUUCCUCCACCGCACCUGCGCCGGCCGUCGAAGAGGCUGUGAUCACGGAGGCUGCAGAGCCAGCGGCGGCUCCAGAGGUGUCGAACGCACCGGCUACUAACGAUGGUCUCCAUAGUUCGGACGGCAAGCUGCCAUCUGUCCGAGAAAGCACAAUUGCGGCGACGGAGCAGAACGGGCCGAAGGUCGGCCACCACGUCCCACCCAGCGAGCUGCCAGCGGAGCAGACGGCCAUUCCAGAAGUGGGGCGUCCAUCUUCGCAGGUGCGUCACUCGACGGCCACCUCGCUGAUGACGACGACGGUGGCGGCGGUGGCGGAGCCGCCCAGUGCGGUGCCCGUCGCGGAGACGGGGGUGCCGGAGUUGAUGGUGCAGGAUGCCGCCGGCCGCCUGCCGUCUACACGCGAGUCGACCAUCGCCAUGACGCAGAGGUACGGGCCGAAGCAGCCGAACCACGUUCCACCCAGCGGAUUGAGCAAGCCUACCACUGCCACUCCCCCGGCUGCUGCGGCAGUGUCGAUGGCAAAGCCCAGUGGACCGCUGGCGACGCCGGCACCGGCUCCUGUCGCACGCGUCAGGAGCGAUCGUUGCCCGCACGCGGUGACUGUGCCCGCUGCGAAGGACGUGCAGCGCGCGGGCAGCGGCUCCCUCCGCGCCAAACCCAUUCGGGAGUGGAGAGCGCAGGACGUGAAGCAGGCCGCGGCGCAGAUGGCGGACAACAAGGUCUUCAUGACGGCGCUGGCCGUCGGCGCCGCCGCCCUCACCGUCUUCUCCGUGUACAAGGGCGUCUCCCUGUACAACCACUACCGCCUCAAUCAAAGCAUCGCGGCGGUGGAACGGGAGCGGCCGACAGUGGUGCACCUCUACAUCCACCGUCGCUCCCCGCUGGCGCCGAGUGUGUCGAUGCCGUGUACGCGCGUGGAGACGCUGCUGCGACUGGCGCGUGUGCCGUACGAGGCGCACGUCAUCUCUGACACCUCCGUCUCGCCGAACGGAGAGCUGCCUUUCAUCGUCUUCAGCGGUCUGCGCAUCGCUGAGCCGCUGGAGAUCACAAAUGCGCUCGCGCGCGAGCUGGACGCCAACCUUGACCGCGAUCUCUCCCCGCAGGACCAGGCGACCGGCGUGGCGCUGCUGUCGGCGGUCCGCUACAGCCUCACGCGAGGCUACAUGAGGUCUGUCCACGUGGACCGCCCCGACGUGAUGAAACCGUACUACAGCGAGAUGAACCGCACCCCGGACUGGGUGACGUGGUUUUCGCUGCGCUGUAUGCAGCGGCAGCUGACGGAUGUUAACGAGACGAGUGGUUACAGCCAGCUCUCAUCGGAGCAGUACGUGCGCGAGCUGCUGCGCGACGUGCGCGCGAUGGAGGCGCUGCUGGAGCACCACACCUACCUCUUCAGCAGCGACUACCCGUGCUCCUACGACUGCGCCUUGUAUGCGUGGCUGCUGCCCGUCGUCGCGAUGGAGGACGCCGCGGAGGUGAACGAGGCGUUUGCCUACAUCGUGGAGAGCGAGCUGCUGACGAACUAUGUGCGCCGCAUGACGGAGCUCGCCUUCCCGGAUCUGGACGAGUUGGUCUACGGACAGCUGGAGGAGGGAGACAGAGAAGAGGGAGGGGCACCGCAGCACCAGCAGCAGCAGCUUACGUCAGAGGAAGAGCGCUCCUCGUACUCGCGGGAGCAGUCGCGGUCGCAGACGUCGUCGCCGUCGGGGCGGCGGCCGCGGAUGCGCUUGUCCGAGUCGCGGCGCCGCACGACAGAGCCCGGGGCGGCAGACGAGGACGGAGAGGCGGAUCUGCAGACCCGACCCUCGCAGCGCGAGAUGCGUCUGCCCGGAGAGCGCUGA